AUGAGCAAAUCAAUUCCACAACCUCAAGAAACUUUUUUGAUUGGUAAUCUCAAAGAAUUAGAUCCCGAUCGUUUUUCUGAAUCACUUCAGAGACUCCAAGAACUGUAUGGUGAUAUUUAUCGAUUGACUAUUUUUAAAACAAAUAUCGUAGUAGUGUCUAGUCACGAAUUCAUCAAUUUCGUAUGUGAUGAAUUAAAAUUCGAUGAAAAAAUUGCUGGAGGUUUAUUAGAACUGAGAAAUGGAGGCGGUGAUGGACUUUUUACUGCCCAUACUUCAGAACCAAAUUGGAAACUUGCUCAUAAAAUUCUAAUGCCUGCUUUUGGACCACAAGCAAUUCGAGAUAUGUUUCCAGCUAUGAUGGAUAUAUCUUCAUAA